AUGCCUUUCCACCAAUUCUACACCCCCAAAGGACUCUACUCGGACGCCGAGAAAGCGGCGCUCGCCAAGGAAAUCACCGCGCUCUACGCAGCCCCGCCGAUCUCCCUCCCGGAGUUCUACGUCGUCGUGGCUUUCAUCGAGCUCGAGCAGGGCAAUUUUUUCAUCGGCGCCGACACCAAGCGCGCCGACAACAUGGUCCGUAUCCAAGUCGGGCAUGUGGCGCGCACGUUCCCCGUUGGAGAAGCCGGAGUCGCGAGCAAGCGUGAUUUCAUGGCGAGGUACGAGGGAACGCUUAAGCGCUAUACGGCCGGGCGCGGUGUCGACUGGGAGAUCGGGAUCCAAGAUUCCGAUGCAAGCCAUCUCUUUGCCCACUCGCUCGCGAUACUGAUUGCUUGUCCAGCCCCAACUGUGGCACCUCAACGGCAUGGCUCCUCCCCCACCUGAGAGCGAGCAAGAGAAACUCUGGAAGAAAGAGAACAGGGCGGUCCCUUACGUAGCGUAGAAUAUAGUUUAGCGAUGCGAUGCGCCAGAGAUAGAUCACCGCUUAUCGUAUG